AUGACCGUCGCACCAACAACCACGAAUCAGGAGGAGCUGCAGUAUCUGAACCUGGUCAGGGAGGUCAUCAACCGAGGCGAGCGCCGCGCAGACCGCACCGGAACCGGCACACUCUCCCUCUUCGCCCCUCCUCAACUCCGCUUCUCGCUCUCGAAGCCUUCUGCCAAUCCUUCCUCGACCGACCCGACUCUCGUCCUCCCGCUCUUGACGACCAAACGCGUCUUUUCGCGCGGCAUCAUCGAGGAGCUGUUGUGGUUUGUCGAGGGAUGCACCGACUCGAAGGUGUUGGCGGAGAAGGGCGUCAAGAUCUGGGAUGGCAACGGCAGCCGAGAGUUCCUCGACUCGCGCGGCUUGCAGCACCGGGAAGUGGGUGAUUUGGGACCCGUCUACGGCUUCCAAUGGCGACACUUCGGCGCCGAGUACCGAACAGCGAAGGACGACUACGAUGGCGAAGGCGUUGACCAGCUCGCCGAGGUCAUCGACAAGAUCAAGAACAACCCGACCGACCGACGGAUCAUCCUGAGCGCAUGGAACCCUGCAGACCUACCGAAGAUGGCGCUGCCGCCGUGUCACAUGUUCUGCCAGUUCUACGUCAACCUCCCUCCUCCCGACUCGCCUCCUUCCGCCAAGCCCCGCCUCUCCUGCCUCAUGUACCAGCGCUCUGCCGACCUCGGCCUCGGCGUGCCCUUCAACAUCGCCUCGUACGCCCUCCUGACGCACAUGAUCGCCCUCGUCACCGACACGAUACCGCAUGAGUUCAUCCUCCAACUCGGCGACGCGCACGUCUACCUCGACCACGUCGAGCCGCUCAAGACGCAGCUCGAGCGGACGCCGUUCGAGUUCCCCGACUUCGCGUGGAAGCGGAGCCGGGAGGAGGUGGGCAAGAUUGACGGGUUCAGGUCGGACGACUUUGUCAUCUCGCCCAAGUACAAGGAGAACAGCCACCCGUCAAUCCCGAUGAAGAUGAGCGUGUAG